AUGAAGAAAGUUGAUAGAACAGUUAUUUUACCAUUGAGCAAGAGGAGACCCAGGAGGGGGCCGAUCUCCAUCAUUAGGGAGCAUUACUUAAGAGAUGACAUACCCUGUCGCAUGAAACAAUGUGGAAUAUGUAAUCAGGAACUGUCUGACACUCAGUGCAUGUUGACUGAUGAUCUGUCUCAUUAUUUGUUGCCUGAUGUCAAUGUUGUUGAAAGAUUUCAUGAAGUACUGGAGUACCCAACAUUAAGAGGUCUCAUCAUCACUCAAACUGCAUCAGAUAAUUUAAAAUAUUCUGUUUCAUACACAAAAUUUAUGCGUUUUAUGAAAUCGCUCUCAGUUCCAUCAAAAUCCUCCGUCCAUUUUCCUAACGAGCAUCAGUUAGAAACAUAUGUUGAGCAAGAACCAACUGAAACAAUUGAUGACUGGGAACAAAAAUUAACAAUGCUAGCUGCAAAGUGGUACUACAGACACAUUGAAAUGUUGGGCUUAGUGGAUAAAGUGAAGCUUGUCCUCAUCACUGAGGAAUGUAAGGAUUAUGCUGAGGUUCUUACCAGCUGUCCUUUAAUUCAAAUAUCCACUCUUUCUGAGUAUCUCCAGUCUCAUCAUGGUAGCAGUAGCUCUAUAUAUGAACUGCAUCAGUCACUAGUUGCUGUACAAACUGAGAGUAAAGAUGAGGAAGUACCAAAAGGUCAAUCUAGUAUUACUGGAUAUACUGAGUAUCUUAAUGAUGAUCAAUUGGAGGAAGGAAUUGAAAAAGGUAGUCUAGUGACUGGGGAAAUAAGAGUUAGUAAAUUUCACCGGAAUGAAGCAUUUGUGAAACCACGUAAUUCAAGAAUAUACACUGACAUUGCAACAGAGCCAAUUGCUAAGCAAGAUGUACUUAUACACGGAAUAGUUCAUAGAAAUCGUUCUAUAACCGGUGAUAUUGUAUGUGUCCAGUUGCUUGAUAGAUCAGAAUGGAAAGGAGUGACAAGAAAGUUACCAUCGAGAGAUAAUGAUGAGUCACAUGAUGAAUCAUGUGAUAAUCCCAGACCAACUGGUAGAGUGGUUGGUAUAUUGUUGAGGUCUAAUAGAGAUAUCAUUGCUAGUUUUCCAGAAGAAAGUGCUUCCAGUAAUUAUAAAUUAGAAAAAGUACUUGUGAUACCAUAUGACAUAAGAAUACCUAAAAUAAGAAUAAGCACAAGACUGUCAAAUGAACUCAAACAUCACAGGAUUGUAGUUCGUUUUGAUAAUUGGGACAUCAAUUCUUAUUAUCCUAAUGGCCACUUUGUACGGAGCAUUGGACCUAUAGGAGAUACUGAAACAGAAAUCCAGGCUAUACUAAUUGAGAAUGAGCUUAGCACUAGUAGUUUUACCCAGUCAAUACUCUCUGAAUUACCAGAUGGUGACAGUUGGAAAAUUGAAGAGAAAGAGUUGAAAAACAGAAUAGACUUACGUGAAUCACACCUUAUAUACAGUAUUGAUCCUAAAGGCUGUGAAGAUGUUGAUGACACUCUCUCUGUUAGGUCAUUAAGGAAAGUCAUUGAGUUAGGCGUGCAUAUUGCUGACGUGUCAUAUUUUGUAAGAUCUGGUAGCUACACUGACAGAGAGGCUAGAGAAAGGUCAACGACUGUGUAUUUAGCUGAUAGAAGAUAUGAUAUGUUGCCAGCUGUACUUAGCUCCAACCUUUGUUCAUUACUCAGUAAUGUAGACAGAUAUGCUGUGAGUGUUUUAUGUAGAUUGAAUCCACGUGACUUUAGUAUAGAAAGUGUUUCAGUCAGACGUACUAUAAUUAGAUCAGCUUACAAACUAACAUAUGAGGUAGCACAGGAUCUUUUUGAAGAUAAAGAUGAUAAAUAUAUUAUUGAUUCAAUACCAGAAUUAAGUGAAUCAAAAUUAACACCAUCAGAACUAGCAAAAAAAGUCAGUGACUUAAGGCAGUCAAUAAAAAAGUUGGUGGAAAUUGCACGUGUGCUAAGAGAGAAAAGAAACAGAAAUGGUGCAGUUGAACUUGAGGGAGUUGAAGUGAAGAUACAAAUGACUGAUAAAGACAAUAUUGAUGAUAUAAUACCUAAAAAGGUACUCGAGGUUCAUGAAACAGUUGCUGAGUGUAUGAUAUUUGCUAACGAACUGGUAGCUAAAGAUAUAUCACUUCAUCUACCAUCAAAGGCACUGUUGCGUAGUCAUGCUGCCCCCCCACAAGAUCAGUUUUCUUUACUAAAGAGCUGUGCUUCUGCACGUAAUUAUACGAUUGAUGCUAGGAGUAAUUUUAAACUAGCUCAAUCGCUAAAUAAAGCUGUUGAUGUUACUGAUCCUGAAGUUAACAAGGUAUUAAGAAUGUUAGCAACACAGGCAAUGAUACAAGCAUUGUAUACAUCAACUGGACCAGGCUCUAAUCAUCAUUUGAGCCACUAUGGACUGGGAAUAAAGCAUUAUACACACUUUACUUCACCUAUUAGGAGAUAUGCUGAUCUACUGGUUCACAGACAAUUAUUGAGUAUAUAUGAUAAAGGAAGGUCAGAUGAUGUAAUACCAGAUGACAGUGAAUUGCAAAGGAUUUGUGAACAUAUGAAUGAUAAGAAGAGAGCUGCAAAACGUGCACAGCUAGAGAGUAGUGCAUUAUUUCAAGGUCUUUAUUUCCUCAAUGCCAGCAGAGCUGGUACUGUCACAGAAGCUAUUGUAUACAAUAUAAGAGCUAAUGGUGUCAUGGCUUAUUCACCAAGGUAUGGUAUACAAUCUCCAGUUUAUUUUAAGGAUAAGAGUGGACGACUAGUAUUAUCACCAAAAGUUGAUGAUCCAAACACACUGAACUGGAUUGAAGGUUCUAUUACAUUUAAUGAUCAUAGUAUUAAAGUGACAACUCAUCAUUCUUCAUUCACUAUUAGCUUAUUUGAUCACAUUCUCGUUAGCGUUAAAGUUGAUUCAACAUCACCAGCCCAUCCUCAUAAAAUAUCACUUGAACUGAACCAAUGCACACCAAUCAAACUAAGCACUGGUGAUCAUCAGAAGGAAGGGAAGACAACAUCAAAAGAUAUUAUUAAAGUUUUGAGAUCAGAAGAGGAAGCAAAACGUGAUAAAGACACUAGUGAAAUGUUGAGUGAAGAAUAUAAGCAGCAGGAACACACAUUAUAUACAAUAAUUAAUAAAAUGCAUUACAUUGGAAUAAGAGACUAUUGAUAGGCUAUUGUUGAUGACUCUAGAGAUGAGAGUAUACACGCCUUGUUUUAAUUCACCCACAAUUAAUUAUAUAAUUAUUUUAUUCACAUUGAAUGUUUUGAACAGUCCAA